AGAAUUCCUUGAGAUGGCUGGUCGUGGCUACAGUGGGGCACUCUGAAUGAAGCCUCAGUCAAGGUCUUAGUCAAGGGAGACGAGAGGCUUAUUGUCAUCUAAGACCUUCGGCUUUCACACUCAUGGGGUGGGUGGAGAACCUCCGGAGGUUUGGCCUUCAAGGAACCGUGGACCUUAACUCUGAGAGGAUUGGGCCGCUGGGAGCCGGUCAGCUCGGGGACCUCCUUGCUCACAACUCAACCGUCGAUGGGCUGGAUCUGCGAGACACCAUCCUUGGUGCCGUGGGGGCGACCCACAUCGCACGCAUGCUCCACACCAACACCACGCUGCAAACCCUUGACCUCGCGUCGAACGCGAUCGAAGACAGGGGAGCGACGGCUCUUGCCGAGGCGAUCAAGGUGAACAACACGUUGGUCAAGCUCGAGCUGCAGAGAAACGGGAUUAGCUCGGAGGGGGCGAGAUACAUUGCGGAUGCGCUAAGGCAGAACACGUCACUGCAGUAUCUGGGGUUUGCUUUCAAUGGAUUUGGUGAUGCGGGAGCGACACAUCUAGCUGAGGUUCUAGCUGGACAGAACACAACAUUGAAACAGCUCGAUCUCGGUUUCAAUGGUGUCUGUACUGAUGGAGCGAGGGCGUUGGCGUGCGGGCUGACAAAGAAUCACUGGCUUGAAACUUUGGAGUUAGGAUACAACGGCAUCACGGACGCUGGAGCGUUGGAGCUAGCGCGAGCCAUGCGAACUAACACAGUCUUGACAAGUCUUGGAGUACCGUCGAAUGGUAUAAGCGACGCAGGCGCUGCCGAACUUGCAAACGCGCUGAGGGACAACUGCACUUUGGUUCAAGUCGGGUUGAGUUCCAACAGCAUUGGUAAUAAAGGAGCGAAGGAAUUGGCGGAUGUAUUGAAUAUGAAUUAUGCGCUUGAAACUUUGUAUUUAGAAGAAAACGAUGUAGAUGAGGAUGGCGAGGGAGCUGUUGCUCUCCGCAAGGUAGUGAAAAACACGUUCAAGAUCAAAUGGUUCGAUCCGACGUCGCAGAUUGCGUUCGCGAUGGGUUUGCAUGAGCGUCUGGGGGUCAGGAGUUACGUUCAUCUUCUUGAUCAGCAUCUUGUACAGGAAAUUCUGCGAUACACCCAUGAUCGAGUCCGACGAGACAUUCAAUUUUAUCCUCGGAGUUGACAAUUCUCAACUUGUCAGCCUAGCGGGCGGUGAGCGAUCCGUCAUCUUGCAAGUGGACGACGAGCUUGGAAGAUGCUGGAGAGGAGAGGGAAACUGUAAUAUUUCUGUGAAAAACAAAGGCUCCUUGCAUGU